AUGUCCUCCGCCAUUGGGCACCACGAGUAUCGCGCCACGCCAAGACUAGUGCCAAUCGUCAGUCCCCGUCGUCUGCUAUUCUCGACCCCUAACAAACCAAUUGCACUAUUUGCAGCUGAAGAAUCAGACAAUCCUUCGACAAACCUGUCACAAAUUCCGCUGAUAUCCCAUACUGGGGAGGUUGUUGGCUCCAGCGCGUACGACAGUGCUGCAAUUGGCAUCGACGCCACGGAAUGGGAUCAAGGCACGCCGGCUGCCUUGAAAACUCUUAGCCCGGUCGAUCUCGACGACAAGAUCUCAGCUAUUCUAGCGGCAACAGCCUUGUUUAAGUCACUACCACACUCCACUACUCCUCAACUCUCGACGGAUGUAUCUCGAGCCCUCAGUAAUAUGGGCCGCCAGCCGGUCGAGGCUCUACAAGUUUCAAAGAAAACCAAAGUUCAAAAGAUGGCAAAAGAGGCCACGCCCGAGCUCCAGAAACGAAGCUUGUCCCCAAGCAAAGCCUCAGUCGAAUCCCCAACCGAACAGUUGGCAUUGAUGCCGGACCAACUUAACACCAUCGAGCUUCGCCUCAAUGAAGGCAACAACCUCAAUCGAAGAAAGGUACAGAAAAUUGUAGGAGGUAGCAUAAGAAGAAAGCCAGUCAACUGUCAAAUCCAACCUGUGCGCCAAAGUAUAGUUGACAACUAUCACGGAUCGAAUGGACGGAUUGACAGUCGGCUAGAUGGCCCCAAAGACUACGUUUGCACCUAUCCGCGAGAUCCUUUUGGGGAGGAAACAAGCUUCGAAGAAAACCUCUCUGAUGGACUAUUGUCGGAGUGCCCGACAGGUUCGUCAACGCCGAGGACAAUAGCAUCGACGACACGACUCCACCGGAUAGAUGAGGACGACGAUGAUCUCUCCGUCUACUUGAAGCCUGAGCAUGAGACCUUGCCUGCCGAGGACUUGGUUAGCAGCCUGCAAACUGCGGCUUCGUACGCGGGGGUGGCUGCCAUUGCACCAGCACACGGACAUCGUCGGGUAAAGAAACAUCCGUCGCCAAGCAAGAAGGCAUUGGAGGAUCUGGAAGUAGCUUUCGCCGUUUAUGCCAGACUCAAACCUUUGGAGGGUGGAGACGAAACCGACGAGCUGGCCAAAGACGGUCUCGCAGCACUUGCAGUUUCCGACCACAAUAAAGUAAUGCGACGUGAGACGAAAACCUCUAUUGCCAAACCAGCACACUCCAUCGGCCGUGGCGGCGCGUACAGAAUUCGGCGUAGCUUGCCGCUUCGCGCUUCUCUGACAAAGAGCCAUGAUUUUGAUGAAUUAGGAAAUUAA